AUGCUGCUGCUGAGACCACAACUGCUGCUGCUGCUACUGAGGCUGCUGUGGAUGAAAAUAGGUGGAGUGUCAAAGAAGAGAUCAAAAAGAUCUGUUUGUAAUGUUCCACCAUUUUCCAUUGACAGACUGCCAUUAUCUGUAAAAUAUGGUCAGCUUUGUAACUUGUUAGAAUGUGCUUCUAAAACAUUUUUCCCAUCUGCUUGGACUGAUCUGAAUUACGUGAUUAGUGAUGACAUUUCACUUGAAGAAUUGUGGGAUUUCAAGAGAAUCACAAUGGAAAAAUCCAUGAUUCUUGUUAAUAAAUUUGCUCUACAUGUCCCAGCUUCAAAUGGUUUUCAUUCUCUUUCAACAACAUUGAGGUUGUCUAGUUCAUUUAACAACUAUAUUUUCAAAUGUUCAAUUUUGGUACUGUUGGAUUGUUUGAUAAGUUUUGAAAGUAACAUUUGGCCAUAUAAGGAGCUGCUACUGAAUGCUUUAGAAUGGUAUGAAACAAGUGAGUUGUGCCAAAAAAAUCUGCAUUGGCAGUAUUUUUACGUUUGUAACUUAGUUUCAAGAUACUUUCUAUGUAAAAAUGAGUACCCGUUUUUUGUGGUCCUAAAUUUUUUACGACGGAAACACGACGCGGUGUGCCGUUUGGUCACGUGCAGUCAUGUUACUUCCGGUUUCUGCACUUUCCACAAAAACGAAACAUACAGACGGAAUAAGUACGUGGAAGAAAAUAUUAUCGUCUCACUGAUUUUCAUACUUGUCGCACUUCACUAG